AUGUGGACGAUUCGCUUCCUCCGCACCUUCAUCCGCCGCCUCACGGAUACUGCUCCUCCCAAACACCUCAGCCCACGAUGUCUCUUCCUCCCCGCCAUCUCCGCAACCCGAUCCCCCCUGCUCGAGUGCGACUACAACAUGCACAAGUCCAACUCAAAGUACUUUACCGAUCUCGACAUGUCGCGCGGCAACAUCAGUCUCGUUCUCUUUCGGAAGCCUUUCAACCCGUUCCCUGGGCCCAAACACUUUAUCAUGAUUCUCGGAGGCGCAAAUUGUGUGUGGCGCAAGGAGAUCGCGCCCUACGAAGCUUACGAACUAUGGACACGGGUAUUGUCAUGGGAUGAGAAGUGGAUAUACUUGGUCUCCCACUUUGUUAAAGCAGGGAAGUUUGUUCCUAGCGAGUAUGCGAUGCAACCGGGCGAUACGAAGCCGAAGAAGGGCAGGGCAACCGGCGGCAAGGAGGUUGAUGUUCAAAAAGCCGUCUUCGCGUCCUCCAUUGCGAGAUACGUUUUCAAGAACGGCAGGAAGACUGUACCCCCGGAAGAAGUGCUGACGGAAUGCGGCCUACUUCCUCAAGAUGAGGCUGAAAGGGCCGAGGUCGAGAGGCUACGGAUGAAAUGGCUGCCAAUUGCUCAACUCAAGUCGGGGUGGGACUCCGUACACGGCCUGUUUGAACCGACAGAGCUUGCUCUCGGCCGGUACACCGACUUCUGGUGGCGGUAG